CCCGCAGGAUGCUGGAAGUGCCAAUGCUCUGAAUAAUCCCAAAACCAUUAGAGGAGAGCAGGGACGGCAGCUCCUUCAAGGGCUGUUAAACACAGGGCUGUGCACCCAGCCUCCAGCUCGGGGAGCUGCUGGAUCAUGGGAUCCUGGAAGCUGCCAGGGAAUCCUGAAGGCACCAGAACUCUGGGCUUGCUUUGGAUCUCACUGGCCACUGUCAAAACUCAUCCCCCAAAACUGCAGGAAAAGGCCAGCCUGGACUGUGAGCUUCACUUGGAGAAGUUUUACAAGUGGAUCUCCAGCAGCUUGGAGGAGAAGAAAUCCUUCCUCGGUGCUUGUGGAAGCUGAACCAGCACUGUCCCCUUCGUGAACGACCCCUCAGUGCAGUGGAAGGAAAAACCCUGAGAGAGAGCUGUGCCUGCUGCUGUCUGUGAAGAGAGCUGCGGCCCCGGGAUGCAGCAGGACGGGCAGGAGCGGGCGGAGGCUGAGCUGCAGGAGGGGCUGAGUGCCUCCCAGGAGGGGCUGAGUGCCUCCCAGGAGGGGCUGAGUGCCUCCCAGGAGGGCCCGGGCACCUUCCAGGGGCUGAGCGCGGUGGAGGCCGCGGCCGUGCUGGCGCUGAUGGAGGAGCACGAGGAGCCCCUGCUGAGCCACUCCGUGGCCUUCACCGAGCACCUGGAUCAGGAGCUGCGGGGGCUGGAGGAGGCCAACCUCCGAGCCAUCAUCUCCUCAGAGCAGCAGGUGGCCCAGCUGAUGAGCUCCCUUGACGAGGCCCUGGCCGAGGUGGCCAGGGUGGAGGAGACCCUGCAGGUCUGUGAUGAGCUGCUGGGGGCUGUGAGGCAGCAGAUGGAUCACAUCCACCAGGAAAACUCCCUGCUGCAGCGCCUCGCCUCCAACAGGAGCAGGCUGAUGGAUGAGAUCCUGUUCCUCACGAGCCAGCUGCAGCUGAGCAGGGAGCACCGCGCCGCCCUGAGCCGGGUGGAUCUGUCCAGCCCCGCAGCCAUCGGAGCCUGCACGGCUGCAGCACAGGCUCUGUCCUCCUGCAUGGACCUUCCCAUCCACCCCAGUUACCGGAAGCUGCAGGCAGUGGCAGAGCAGCUGAUCCUGUUUGAAACCCUCAAGCAGAACUUUGAGAGCUCCUUCAUCAACCACAUCACCAACAUCUUCGAGCUGCAGGGCAAUUCCCAGGCCCCUGCUCUUGGUGCCCCCGUUGGCACCGUGGCUGCCCCAAGCCAUGGACCCCACCACGAGGAGCUGCUGCCCUACACCCCCCUCAUGGCCUGGCUGAAGAACACAAACCCUUCUCUGUUCUGGGACCUCCCCAAGGUGUAUUCCCAGAACCUUGGCAGGCUCUACGAGCGGGAAAUCAAAGCCCUUUUUGAACAGGCCAAGAUGUCCCUGUCAGGAAGAAGAAAAGGAAGUCUGCAGGAAAUGUGGGAGAAGCCAGCAGGGACCAAGCAGCCCCGGUGGAGCCUCCCCAGGAGCAGGGACAGCCAGGAGGACACCCUGGCCAGGGGGAACAUGCGCAGGGUGUUGGAGCAGGUGCUGAGCGAGCUGCAGCCCCUCUGCACCUUGGAGCAGCAAUUCCUGCAGGAAUUCUUCUGCCUCAGCUGUGGCUCCGUGGAGCUGGAGGAGAGGGGAUCUGCCACUAAGGGAGGAGAGCCCACGGCACCUCCAGAGGACCCUCCUCGUACCAAGAGCCAGAGCCAGCCAGAAGAAGCCACAACCCAACUGCUGAGUCAGCUCUUCAGCUGCCUGGAGCCGGAGCUGAGGGCAUUUCUGGAUGUCUGCAGCAAGGCUCACCCACUGGGCUGCCUGCAGGUGCUGGUGACCCUGAGUGACUCCGUGUUUGGGACCUGGGGCCCUUGCUCAGCUCCCCCCUCGUCCUUCCUCCACACCCUCCUGGGGAACGUGCUGCUCCUGGCCAAGAACAACUUCAACAAAUGCAUCGGGACCUUGUGCAAGGAGAUGGAGGAGGCCAAGGCUGCCAGCAGGACGAGAGGGGGGAUCCUGCCCAGUGUCAGCCGCUUCCAGGAGCUCGUGGCCCUCUCUGAGGAGGUGUUCCAGACAUCCCAGCGCCGGGGGGACCUGGACAAGGCCCAGCUCAGGCUGGCCAGCAGUGUCUUCAGCAGCAUCAGCAGCCUCUCCUCAGCAAACCUGAGGGUGAACACGGAUAUGGUAAUGAUGGAAAAUUUCCACCACAUCCACAACUUCCUGUGCCAAAGGAACAUCCCCUGCCUGGAGGGCAAGAAGAGAGAAGCCAAGCAAAGGUCCAGGGAGCACAUGGAGAAAUACAUCACCACGUACGUGGGCCAGCCCCUGGAGAGGCUCAAGGAUAUGACAGCCCCUGGAUUUCAUUCUGCUCAGGGAUUCCCACAAUCCUGGCAUGGCCUUCUCCAGCUCUCCCAGUCUGAGCACAGACACCAAGGGAAGGUGCAAAGGGGUGUGAAUCGUGCAGGAGCCCAUUCCUGGUUCUUGGAAACAGUCUGUACAUUUGGGAACUCUAAAUCCUUAGGAUUUAGGGUAUUUCUCCACAGAAAAAUUGCAGCAGGAAUACCCAAACAGAUUCUUGGGCUGUAUGAAGUGACAGGAGGAUGAAGGAAGGGGAAUGCAGCAGAUGUGGAAUGCCCUGCGCAGUGUUCCCUUCCCUGACCACUGCUGGGUCUGGCUGUGCAGUCCCACCUCAGCAGCAUCACAGAAUCCCAGGCUGGAAGGGAUCCCAAAGGAUCACCCAGCCCAAACUUCACUGCUUGGGUGAGGUUCUGUAGCUCCCUGUCCAGUCACAUCCUGAAAGCUCCAGUGGUGGGACUCCAUCACAUCCCUGGGCAGGUUUGAUUGACCAUCCCAGCUCGUUCUCACUGGAAGAAGUUCCUUAUAUCCAGACAAGGUGACCAGCCCUCCUCUUCCCCAAGGAAGCCUUUCCCACCCCCUCUUCUGACAAUCCAAACCAUGGGUGGGUUUUUUCAUUUUCCUGCUGCCUUCUCCUCGCACCCAUUUCCAAAUGGUGAACCAAGACAUGGGGGCCAGAAUUCCAAAGCAUUGGUGGGGAGCUUGCUCCCAGUUUGCUAACAGUUUGCUCCCAGUUUGUUAACAGUUUGUUAACAGUUUGCUCCGUUUGUUAAAAGUUUGCUCCCAGUUUGUUCCCAGUUUGCUCCCAGUUUGUUCCCAGUUUGUUCCCAGUUUGCUCCCAGUUUGCUCCCAGCUUGCUCCCAGUUUGCUCCCAGUUUGUUAGCAGUUUGUUAACAGUUUGCCCCGUUUGUUUCCAGUUUGUUUCCAGUUUGUUUCCAGUUUGUUUCCAGUUUGUUCCCAGUUUGCUCCCAGUUUUUUCCCAGCUUGCUCCCAGUUUGCUCCCAGUUUGUUAGCAGUUUGUUAACAGUUUGCCCCGUUUGUUUCCAGUUUGUUUCCAGUUUGUUUCCAGUUUGUUCCCAGUUUGUUCCCAGUUUGUUCCCAGUUUGUUCCCAGUUUGCUCCCAGUUUGUUCCCAGUUUGUUCCCAGUUUGCUCCCCAUUUGUUCUAAGUUUGUUCCCAGUUUGUUCCCAGUUUGGUCCCAGUUUGCUCCCCAUUUGUUCCCAGUGUUCUCCCAUUCCCACUCCAGUUGCGUGCCGGCAUCUGGCAGAUCCCAGCUCUUUUUUCACAGCUGCCUGGGCUGAUCCAUCCAACACUUCCCAAGUGGCUGCUUUGUUAACUGAGCUAAGAGCAUCUGGCUCUGCUAAUUCAAACAGACAUUCCCUCCUUCCCGAGGCUGCAGCUCUUCCGCUCCUUCCAUCUCCCUAAAAUGUCUCGCAGAUGGAGCUCAGCUGGAAUUAUUUAUGGGACCUGUUACUUCCAAUUUGGUUCCAGUCCUUGCUGUCAAACAUUUGUUGGCUUGGCUAUAAAAUCAGCUCCGUGUCUUGUGCUACCUGAGCUCUGCUAUGGCUUCAAUUCCUCCCUUUUCCGAGGGAAAGGAUCAUUUUAUUUCUCACAAGAAAUUGAGUGGGAUAUGAGAGCACCUGAAAAUCCUAGCAUGGCCUUCUCCAGCUCUCCCAGUUUCUCUUCACCAGGAGGAGGUGCAAAGAGGUGUAAGUAAUGCAGAGGUCAAUUCCUGGUUCUUGGAAACAGUCUGUACAUUUGGGAAUUCAAAAUCCUUGGGAUUUAGAGUAUUUCUCCACAGCCAAGUUGCAGCUGGAAUACCCAAACAGAUUCUUGGGAUGUAUGAAGAGACAGGAGGAUGAAGGAAGGGAUUAUUCCCUUGUUUUACAGCAGAUGUGGAGUGAGGGUCCUGUCCAGCUCUGGCAGAGAUGUCUGGAGAACUGAGAAAAAUUCCGGCUUUGCCUUACACCUCUGCAGGUUCUGGGAUCCCCCUUCCCCACCUUUGGCUCCAAACCCUCUGUGGGGAGAAAAUUGAGGGGAGCACCAAGGAACUGGAGGGAUUUUCCAGCAGUCCCAUUGCUCCAUGGGCCUGCCACCCUUAGGGAUGCUGCUUGUUGAGCAGGGAGGGGAGGGAACCAUGAAAUUCCCUAUGUUCUGCUUUCCUGGAGGAUAAAAAUCUCCAGCACUCCAUUAAACAUCCUUAAAUUCUUAAUUUUAACUGAAUUAGACAUGGGAACUGAGGGCAGCACUCAGGUGUCAGCCCUGGUGCAGGAAUCCACCUUGGGAUGGCUCCUCAUGGAAUGUCUCCUUCCCUUCCCAGCAUUUCUUUGAGGGAGUCAAGGCCCGCCUGGCUCAGGGGGUGAAGGAAGAGGAGGUCAGCUUCCAGCUGGCCUACAGCAAGCAGGAACUCCGGAAAGUCAUCGAAAAA